AUGUUCGGCCUCAUAAUCUCCGGCCGCCCCGUCGACGCCGCCCCCCAAGCAAUAACCCCCACCCAAUACGCCUUCACAAUCCCCCCAACACCCCCCUUCAGCCACAUCGUCGUCUUCCAACUCCCCGGCACCCAGCUCCCCCCUGGAACCGCCGCGACCGUCUACGUGCAAAUCCCACCAGCACAAGAAUUCAAACUCCUAGGAGGCAUCGGCCCCGGCAAGGAAAGCGCCAUUUUCAAAGUCAGCGGCUUAAAAUCCGCCGAUCUGGCAGCACUGGACGGGGACGUCAUGGCGGACGACACCAUGGCGAACGCCGCGGCCGCGGGAGGUGAUAUCGUCGUGGGCGUCUCGAUCGAACCCGUGGAGCAGGUCGAGCAGCAACUCGCCACGCUUAACAAGACUGGACCUUCAACAACACAGGCGACGAACGCCUCUUCAACGGCUUUGGUCCGGCAUUCUGGUUCUGGGGGCAGUCCGGUGGCGACGAAAGUCCUGGCGCAGAGGAUUAUUGGGAAUGCGUUUAAUUUUCUGGCGUCGUUUGGGAGUGAGACGGUUCCUUUGAAGGCGUUUCAGGAUUGGUGGGGGAAGUUUGAGAAGAAGGUGGAGUUGGAUCCGAGUUUUUUGGAGAGGGAGGAGCAGGGGUAG